UAUAGAGGUCUGGGAUCCUGUGUAACUGUAAAUGUAAAGAGAGGUUUGGGGAACUCUGUAUAACUUAUACGUCUGGGACGUAUGGAGGUCUGAUACACUGUGUAAUUAUAUAUAGAGUAUUGGACACUGAUAAGCCACAUAGAGGGGUCUGAGACAUUGUAACCAAAAACGGAUAGCAAGAGUUUCUACAUUAUUUAAAAAGGAAAAGAAUCAUGGCUGCGAUUUAUUCUGGGAUUCACCAAAAAAUAAAAAGUGCAAAGACCCCAUGGGGAGACAAACUGAAGUUGGCUCGAUUUGCUUGGAUUUCACACCAGUGUUUUCUCCCAAACAAGGAACAGGUAUUAGUGGAUUGGGUGAGUCACGCAUUGACUGGAUAUUACAGCAAAAAGCUACUGUUGGAAGAUGAGAUUGUGGAGGGACUGUGGAUCUACCUGGAUGAUAUUCUUCAUAGCGUAAAGCUGCAGAAGCUGCUCGAGAAAGGGAAGAUCAUCACUAUUCGCGCCACGAUUGCACAGAUUAUAAAUGACAGGAUCUGGGAACAUUCCGGGAAAGUGCCGCUGAAUGACUGCACAGUGAGCGUAACCACGGUGCUGAGCUGCUGUCAAGGCAUUCUCACCUCUCCUGCUUUGUCCAUCAUCUAUACCAGCAAGUGGGAGCUGCUGGUGGAUCUUCUCUGUAAACUUUCCAUACUGCUCUGCAGCAGGUUGAAAUCACAGGAAGCCUUGAGCACCACGCAGCUCUUUGAUGUCCUCCUGCUGACCUUCGAACAGUACCUCGUCAUUCAACGGCAGCAGCACAACCAGUCCCGGGUAUUCCUGCAGGUCUGCGGCCCUCUCCUUCAGCCCUUUCUCCUCCUGAGGCACCUGCUGUCCUCUAGGUGCUGGAUGAGUGAGGACGAGGCCACCGUGCGACAGCACCUCAGCAAAGAGAUAUGCAAUCAAAUCCAGGCGGCCCUUCAUAGCGGCCUCUUCCACGCUGACUUCUUGAACUAUUACAGGGAGGAGCUUCUGCAAAGUGACGGAUUGCAGCAGCAGAAGAUGGGCUUUUCUAAGGCCUUGGCAGCACCUGUCGAAAUGGUGCUCUUAAGGUUAGCCGACGCUGACUUCUUCGGCCCAGACCUGCACCCCGCCAUUGUGGCGGGGUCGGUCCCACUGCUUUUCAGACUGUGUCUCGAGUCCUACUGCAGGGAUGAGAAUCACCUGCUUGGUUUCCAUAUCUUCACCAGAUUCUUUGACUCCCUGGGAUUCCAAAAGCUGAAGGGCGACGAGGCUGGGGAAUCGGCAGACUGGAAUCCUGGGCUACUAGCUCUCGACCAGCUACUGAAUUCGAUCUUGAGCCGCAACAUUUACAACAUUGCAGUGGAUAAAAUCCGGUGUGGGGGCGUGCAGUUCACCUUCUACAGCAGAGUGGCGGAGAUGUUGCUAACUUACCCCCUCCCAGCAACACCGACCUGGUUUAGGUGCCUGAAGACGUUGAUCCUAUUGAACCAUUUGAUUGUGGAGCCGAACCUAGAUGACUUGGUGUCGUUGGCAUGGAUUGAUGCCGAUGUCAAUGAUUCGCGGGUCAAAAGAGCGCAGGAAGCACUGCUCAGCACACUGCUUGAGAUUUAUACCAAACUACGGCAGUUGCCGAGGUUGUUUAAGGAAGUGUUGGCUGUUGUUUCUCGUCCGGCUGCUGACGAGCUGAGGCAACCCAUCCUAUCCUUUGGCCUUACCAAGCAGCUUUGUGAAUGUCUAUUGGAAGUACCAGCCAGUCAAGUCCUGGAUAUCUGGGACCUAAUCUUGAAGAGCCAGGAAUGUUUGAUGCCGGAACUAGCUGGGAACUCGGACAUGGCAUUGAAAGUUCUCUCAAUGAGUACCCUACUGAACUCGGUUCUUUUCAACAUGAAGAGUCUCGAUAGCAAAACACCGGCGCCAAUAGUUCUGCGCACGCAGCUUCUAAUGGAUAAGAUGGCGCGGGUGGUGGUGAUGCCACUCUUCCGCACAGCCAGGAGCCCUGAUUGCCAUGACUCUUCCUUAUGGGCCGAGAGAGCCAUGAGCUCAGGGCUGAUUCUCAGCUAUACCUGGGUGGAAGUUGAUCACAUGUUGAAGUUGAACUGUGGCAAAUACAUCUCGCCUGGCGGUGAAGCGGGCAAGAUUGACGGGGAGGAGUGGAAUCUUCAUUGUCCUCUUCCUCAGGUGGGAUGGGGUGACAGGAGGCUGAUGGUGGAGGCCUCGGGACAGAGCAGCCACUUCCUCCAGCUGCUGGCAGUCCAGGAGAUGAAAAAGAUCAUGCUUCAGCCUGGGGUGCGGACGGAAAUGGAGGAGGCGCUGCUGAGAUCGGCCGCCCUGUUCAUCGUGCAGUCCGGAAAAACUGCUGUUAAAAACGCAGCAGAGGCCCAAGGAUGGGAUGGAGAAGCCGGCACAAUAAACGAUGAAACGUACGCUGUCGCACAUUGGCAUCUGGUCACAUCAAACCUCGUCCUCCUGGUUCCCUAUCUCCCUAAGGAAGAGCUCACCUAUGUAGCGGAUGUGGUGAUGAGGAAUUUGUUAUUGAGGGAGACUCGGGAGGCGGGCCGAGACCCAGGAAAUUCGCUUUCUAUUCCAACAAUGUGUGAGAGUUUGCUCAACAGCACUCUUCUUCCAGAAAUGCAGCCCCUGCACCGAGCGAUUUUACUUGUGCUGAUGGAGAGGGUGAGGGGUCAGGUAUCUGUCCCGGAGCUCAGUGUGCCCACCCAUAUACUAGAACAGCUGGGAGACAGGGAUGAUGCCAGCCAGGGCAGCGGCAACCAGCAGAGCAGCACUUCAGAGUCGCUGGUCUCUCACCCUGUGCUGCCUCAAGGGAGCUCACUUCUUGUUGCCCACAAUGCACUGUCUGUAAAUAGGCCCGCAUUUCUUGCCCUUUCUGAGCAGCAGUUGGAUCGCCUGCUGCGAUCUUUGGACAUUCUGUCUGCAUUGAGGCUGGACAGCCUGUCAUGCACCGAUCACCUCCAUUGCUUUCUUUUCCUAGUGUCCCUGGUGUCUACCCUCAAACCCGGCUCAGAGAAGACCAACGCCUCCAAGUGUCUGCAGGCGUUGAGCAAGUGCUACUUCCUCCUCACCAUCCUGCAGACGGGCACCAAAGCGAACGUGGUCUUUAAACUGGCGCACGCCGGAGAUAUCCUGGUGACGGUGACAGCUCCUUUGUUUCCAGUGAGCAGCGAGUUGUCCAGCUGUGUAGGGUGUCCGGCCUGGCCAGAAUUUCUUGGCAGCGUUCAGAGGUUUCUGACUAAUUUCAUCCAGACCAUAGUUGAAAGGAAGCAAAGCAUGCGCCUGAACUUGGAGCAAUUUGUUGUUUUCCUCUCGAACGCCUGGUUGUCUUCCAAGGUAAAAGGCAAGUGGAAACCGGUGGCCGAGCAGCUGCUCAUUGUUACCCUGUCGACAUUGAGUCGGGUCAUCGUGAACACUCUGCAGCGAUAUGAGAAGGCCAGACACACAAGCAGCACUCUGCAUUCCCUUCUCGCCCAACUCACUGGGCUGUUGGCUCCCGUUCUCCACUCCCAUUUCGACAGGGGCGGACGAUUAGACCGAACCCUCACCGUGCCCUGUGUCGCUGCCCUUCUGGAAGCAGAGCAGUGUCUGAGAGGGAAGGAGGACGACGUGGUCAGUGAGGGAGGGAGCCAAGAUGUCCAGGGGCUGCAGCACAGUGACUUGUACCAGAGGACGUGUUUUCAGGUUCUUCACCAACUCACCUCUCCCACUGAUGACCUGGAAUUACUCCGAAUACAACUUGAAUUUUUACAGGCGUUCUGCUCAGCUUCAGAGCUUUGCUCUGAUUGUGACACCAAGACUGGCAUCAUCUCCAUACUCAGCGCUGUAAAGGCCCUGCUCGCAGCUCCAUGGAUGACGGCGCAAUUCAUUCAGUUGCUGGACGUUCAGCUCACUGGACUGCUCCAAUGCUUAGCAGAAGGGUCUACAAAUCAGCAGUUUUACCUGAUUUUGAAGUCCUUUACACAGGGCCUUGAAGUCAGCAACCUUUGGAAAGGACAGCAUCAGGAUGUUGUGUCAUCUCUGAUCCUGACCACACUCCUCUUGAAAUGUCCUCUAAGCGGGGAUGUAGAAAAGGCUGUUUGGUUUACAGCUCCGCAGAUCAUCAUGGCACUCCUGGUCCUGUGCAAGGAAGCAGCUCUGGAUCAUCCCUGGGGUUGUAAGAUCACUUUGCUCAGUUUGGAGACCUUGGCAGUUCUCAUACAGCAGGGAGAAGGCAUGCUCUCAAAUCCACAUCACGUGACACUUGCGUUUGAUGCUCUGUUGUGUGUUUCACUUGACCAUCUAAAGUUGGAUGAAUAUGGGGCUAUUUUUCGAGCUAUCCAGGCGGUGCUGUUUUCUAUCUUACAGUCUCACCCUAAGGUUUUGCACAAUGCUGCACCCUCCUUCCUCAAGUGCUUUAACCGACUGGUGCUUUCUAUUAUGCAUAAGGGUCGUCAAAAAUGUGUUGGAGAGAAAGCUACAACAACAGUCAGUGAAGUUGUCCUGGAAUGUGCACAUCUGGUGGAAAGGACGUACACUCACAUUGCAUCAAAAGCGGAGGAGUUUGCAAUAUUCUCUGCCUUUACAGUGGCACUGUAUGUCAAUGAGCUACAAAAGGUCACCCUCAAUGCAGAUGUGAAAAGACACUUGACAGGGGGAAUGUAUCACCUCCUGGAUCUGGUCACCGAACGCGAUCUCCGCUUCCUCAAUGCAUCAUUACAGACUGGUGUGAGGGAGGUGUUUAAGGAGUUGUACAACGAUUACACACACUACCACAAGAGUAAAAGACAAGGCGAGGAGAAGUACACAGCCUAAAGUGGAAGGAACAAAAUUUUGUUUUCUUUUGGCUCUGCAAAUUUUGAUCUUUUCCUCUCCCGAUGCCUUGGUGACCCAUUGCCCACCAAUGCCUCAGCGAUAGGACUGUCAUUCAUGGGUAAAUCCUUGAGUGUUGGUGGGAAUGACAACCUUAGCCCAGUCUUUGACUGUAUGGUUCCCAACAAGAAAGCUGGAAAGGAAAACCUUGCUCAUGUCACCCCACUAACCCCAUCUUCCAUAAGUCACUGGUUUUAGCCUAGAAAACAUGCACUAGGAACCUAUAGUUCAGUUGAGAGACCUCUAAGAAGAUAUGAAAAUUGCUCAGAUUUAAAACAGAGGCUCCUCUCUCAUCGUGACAUAAAAUGAAACACAGACCCUAUGUGGGUCAAAUAACCAAAUAAAUCACUCCUCGUCACAUAGGGGCAGUGUACCUUAGUAUAAUUUCUGUUGUGAGCCAUGUAUGAAUGCAGUAUUUGAAAUGCAGGUGAAGUCAGAAUUAUUUUAAGUCAUUCUCUCAGUGGUUGAAAAUGCCAAGCAAAGAAAUAGCAUCAAAUCCGAUCAAAGUGAUGAAUAUUUUCAGUUCUGGUAAAGUCCAGGUUCUGCAGGCAAAUUAAGACUUGUGUACUCAGGCUGAAAGACUAGAGACAACAAAAGCAGCCUGUUGGUCCAAAGGAAUUGCCAUUUAACUGAUUAAGAGGCAGCUUGUUCAUAUGGGCUCAUUAGCUCCUUAUGGACCAAUUAGAAUUAAUUUCUAUGAAUAUUGCAUUGGUUGGUAUUGCCAUGUCUUUCUGCUUUUGUAUAUAUCUUGUUUGUAAAUAAAUCUAUAACACUUUAGCCUUA